UUCUGUUUCAAACUCAAGACAAGCGGUUGAGGAAAAAGCAAAGCAUGUAAUGUAAACAGUGGACGAAGGAUGAAUUUUACAUUUAUUUGUACAUAAAAGUUUAAGUCAUUUAGUGAAACGUAAACACAAGGAUAUUUUACAUUUGUUUCCGCUCUACCCGAGAAGACUUCAAAAUGACACUGGGAAAGAACAAGGGAGAAUCUGCCAAAUCUUUGGUGGCACCAUAUGAUGAGUUGAUGCGAAAAGCAAAAGUGUUGCAGUCAGGAUGUGAAGCAGAAUUCAAAAUAUUCACUGUCAACCAAGAUGAAAACCGUGUGAAAUGGCUGAAUUCUGAACAGAAGAAUGAAAGUAUGGAGGACAAAUUGAAGAGGCUUGAGGCUCAGGCUGCCACCCUAGAGACUCAGCUAAAGCAUGCCAGACUCCAAGCGGAAUAUGAAUUACAAAGAAGAAAAACUGCAGAGAAAGAGAAGGAUGAUAUGGAUCGUCAAAUUGGUGUAAUAAGAGAGCUUCUUGUUGACAAGAACAGCAAGAGCAUUAUCCAUGAGAAUGACAGGGAGCGACUGGCAGCUUUUACCAGUAACCAACGUCUAAGCACACAGAACGACAUGAGCAAUACCAGGUAAUG